CCGCGCCUUUCGCGAGCACGGUCACUUCCGCGAGCGACCGUCGCGCGCGCGCGAUUGCACGCGAAAAAGCGGCCGGAAGCCCCCCGCGCGCACGCGACGCAGGGUUGCACGGCACGCGUUCGACGAGGGAAAGAAGUCCCUGAGCCGUUGCGAGCGAUCUCGGCGAGAAUUCCACGCGCACGACCGCUGUGGGACUCGCGCGGAGGACGUGCGACAUACGCGACAGGUCCUGCGAUAGAUUGAUAUCGUCACCCACCGGGAGGGCGAAGACGAGCGCGCGCUCCCCCGCCGCGAAGAUGGCGACGGCGACGUUCCCUCGCGAAAGAGCGGCCUCGACCGCGCGGAUGCUGACUCUGGUUUUAACCGUCGUCCUCGCGUUCGCGCGAGGGGCGAGUGCCCAAAUCGCCGACGGUGCCGGAAGAUCAGCUGCGAUCGUGUAUCCCAUCGACUACACCGGCGUGUCUGCCUCCCCGACCGUGACGACGACCGUCGUCACGACGGUCGGCUCGUGCACGUGCGACUUGACAGAGGGCGCUUGCGACGCCAACUGCUGCUGCGACACGACCGACUGUUCGGCUGCUGAGAUCGCGCUCUUCUCCGCGCGAUUGGACGACACAAGCACUCACGUGUGCCUCGACGAGGGCCCCGCGUCCCCUGCUCUGGACUACUGCAUUUCGAGCUCGACCGUGAACUCGGUCAACUUGCCCGCGAGCAGCUCCCUCGCUCAAGUAACAAAGUCUGAGACGGACCGAUCGUUCCUGUCGCAACAGAUGUGCAUUGUACAGGACAACAACGCCGAACUGUCGAAGUACUUCACCGACCCAGGCGUUGCGACGUCUGCCAACCUGGUCGAGUCCAGGACCCUGAACAUCGGGCGGGCUUGGCUCCCGGACCCGACCGCCGUCGCCGCGUCGGAAGCUCUCGUGACUGCAUUGGACACCAACUCUGCGUACCGCUUCAACGACACCGUCCGUCUGUCGUCUAAGUUGACGUCGCCGGGAGGGGUAUGGACCUUGCCCGGUGCUACCUUUACCGGCGAGUGCGACUGGGUGAACGUGGUCGGGUUCGGGAUGCGCCUUCCGAACUCCAUCACGAAAAACUCCUCGACGUGCGUGGUGCCUAUGGACGGUCCCCUCGAAGACAUCAAAGAUAAGUGUCUGCAAGGCACGCUCAACGCCGCGCUAGUCACCACCUCGCUUCGAAUCGCGAACACUAAAGCGAGCUCUCCUUCGGCCAUCACGCCUAUAAUCCAAUACGUGAGGACGGAAUCUACUGUGGGAGGAUUGGUUGCCGAUGUGAAUGCAGCAUCGCAAACUACGGCUUGGGUAGCAGAAGCAGCACUUAUUGAUACGGGCAUUUGCACGAACGCGUUAAAAGAAGCGCACUUCGAAGUCACGAGUGACGCCGCCGGCACGAUUACCAUGGUUACCGUUGCUGUCACAUACGCGGACGCGGUUCCGAUUGUCGGCGGCGACGCGCUAACAAGGAGUGCGUCCACGACGAAUUACUGGAACACCGAACAGCUGUCAUCCUCGCCCAUCGGCUUCACCCAGAAAUUCAGCGUGACCUGGAAAACCACCGGGGAGAGUCCGAUCCCGAAGAGUGGCUCCUCUGGCUACGUGGUCGGCGCCCCCUUGCUCGCUGGUUACCAGGGCACGAGCGGCUCCAAAUCCGCGGUGCUUCGCCUGAAAGAUGGUCUGCAGCUACCCGCCGCGGGACCGAACGGGGUGUGCAGUGCCAACGCCAAGUCCACCGUGCGCUUCGGCAAGUCGCAGAUGAGCUCGUGCGCGAUACCGCUCACCAAGGCUGCACUCGCGACUUUCUGCGGAGGAACAGGGACCGCGUACGCAGAUGCCUAUCUGUACACGUCAACGGCGAAUGGUGCUACUCCCGCUGUCCCCAGCGGAGGAGGUAAGGAGACCCCCAACGGUCUCUUAAGUGUCCCUCCGAUCACGUCGCAGCUGAUGGACGGACUUCUGUGGGGUACUGCUGACGCCACUCUCACCCUCGACACACAAACCGUGAUGAUCGCCGGGUGGGCCGACGCGGACGCCACCAACAUCGCGGACUGGAAGGGUUGCUCCACCACGGACACCACCGACUGCGGGACGGUGUUCACGUCGCUUACGGCGCCGUCCACGUCGAUGUCGUGGGAUGCGACCACGCUGACGUGCAGCAACGUCGCCGUCGGCUACGACAUCACCAUCCUCACGCAGAAGGUCGGCACGUUGGACAACCCCCAGUACAAAGUCGCGCGCGUGGCCAUCGAUUGGAUCUACGACGACUGGCAGUGGCAGGAUAAUAAUCAGCUGUACACGGUGACCGACCCCGACGUCACGACUGCUGCAGGUGGCGUCAACGCCGACCAACACUACCGACAAAACUUCCCGCUGAAGUCCUCGGUGCGCUUCGUGGAAGCGGUGCAGGACUCCGCGGUGGGGGUCACUCCCGCGACGCCCUCGGUAUUUCCUUCGCUGUCGUCGGAUUUCUUCUAUCCGUUCCUCAGCGCGGGACCCUCGGGUGGGCGCGCGGGGGCGACCGCUGCUUGGUGUGUGGCAAUCGCGGUCGCAUUCCUCGUGGCUUGCCUGACUGCGCGCGGCAACGAGUCAUACUAGAAGAAGAGAGGAAAACGCGCGGAGAGGAGUAUCACCGCUUCGCGUUCGACGAGGUUUCGUGUACAUAUCUCUAGUUGUUCAUAUUCUAAAUUCAUCAGGAAUAAUCGCAC